AUUACCAGUAGCACUUGUUCUGCCAUCUCUUUCCCUUCCACACACCUUUACCUGCACAGACUUGAAAGUCCAGUUCCACCAGGGAGCGAGGGAGAACAUAAAGGGAGAGUUCAUUGGAUCAAACAUGUCACAAGAGACGGACAAUAAAAGACUUGUAGUCUUGGUUCCCAAUGAAGCAGCUUUCAACUCCCGGCGGCCAUACACCAGUGAGGAUGAGGCCUGGAAGACGUACUUGGAAAAUCCCUUGACUGCCGCAACAAAGGCGAUGAUGAGUAUAAACGGAGAUGAGGACAGCGCUGCCGCUCUUGGCCUCUUGUAUGACUACUACAAGGUCCCAAGGGAGAAAAGGUUGUUGCCUGUAAAUAAAAUUAAUGAUGUCCAUGAUGACCAGGACAAAAGAAAUGGUGUUCCAGCCAGUGAGUCUCAGAGCAACCUGAGCCCUGGAGAGAACAGAGUGCAAGUUUUGAAGACCAAUCCAGUGAACCUUUCCCUCAACGCGGAACCUGUAGAGUCCUCCAAGAGGGACCAGUAUAACAGCAGCUUGUCUGGAAGCCCAACUUCCGUGCCUACUUCUUCAGUCGCUGUGGUAAAAGCAGAGGAGUUUACCCCAGUGUUCAUGUCCCCUUCAGUGACUUACAGGACGGACAACGAGGAACCAAGAGGGGUUAUUUUCGAGCCGACUCACUAUGGAACGCACAUCAGCCAACAUACAGACUACCUCAAGGAUGACCAGCGCAGUACCCCAGACAGCACAUACAGUGAAAGCUUUAAAGAGACAGUAUCUGAUAAAUAUCGGACGCCAUCCAUAGUGGACGACUUCAUGUAUGAUCAAACAGCAAGCACAUUUCAAUAUACUCUAGAAGCUACAAAGUCUCUUCGUCAGAAGCAAGGGGAAGGACCAAUGACUUACUUGAACAAGGGACAGUUUUAUGCCGUCACUCUGAGCGAAACUGGAAGCAACAAGUGUUUUAGACACCCUAUCAGCAAAGUCAGGAGUGUGAUCAUGGUUGUAUUCAGUGAGGACAAGAAUCGCGAUGAGCAAUUAAAGUACUGGAAAUACUGGCACUCCCGCCAACACACGGCGAAGCAACGCGUCCUCGACAUUGCUGACUACAAGGAAAGUUUUAACACCAUUGGAAACAUUGAAGAAAUCGCUUACAACGCAGUGUCCUUCACCUGGGAUGUCAAUGAAGAAGCCAAGAUUUUCAUCACGGUGAAUUGCCUGAGCACUGAUUUCUCCUCUCAGAAAGGGGUAAAAGGACUUCCGCUCAUGAUUCAGAUUGACACAUAUAGCUAUAAUAACCGCAGCAACAGGCCAAUCCACCGGGCCUACUGCCAGAUCAAGGUCUUCUGUGAUAAGGGAGCAGAGAGAAAAAUCCGCGAUGAAGAGCGGAAGCAAAACCGGAAAAAAGGAAAAAGCCAGCCUGCACAAAACCAGUGCUCAAAUAAUUCUUCUGACUCUAAGUUAUCAGCUUUACCGCUGCAGAAGAAGAACGAUAUCACCUUCUUCAAAAGAAUGUCUGACCUGGACUCGCAGCCCGUCCUCUUCAUCCCAGACGUUCACUUUGGAAACCUACAGAGGACUGGACAGGUUUUCUACAAUACAGAAGAUGAAAUAGAAGGAAGCAGUGUGCUGGUAAAGCGAAUGCUCCGUCCUGUGGAUGAAGACUUUGGCCCUCCUGCACCUAAGCAAGUGAAAGAAGAAAGCAAAAAAGUUCUACUUUAUGUGAGAAAGGAAAGCGAUGAGGUUUUUGAUGCGUUGAUGCUAAAGUUUCCUACGGUGAAGGGACUACUGGAAGCUAUAUCGGAAAAAUAUGGUAUUCCUGUGGAAAAAAUUGCGAAAAUCUAUAAGAAAAGCAAAAAAGGCAUUUUGGUGAAUAUGGAUGACAACAUAAUCGAGCACUACUCCAAUGAGGACACCUUCAUACUGAACGUGGAAAGCAUGGUGGAACAAGGCUUCAAGAUCACACUGACAGAAAUAUAACCCCCCGCCCCUCCAGCCAAACUGAUGCCUGAUGGGGAGGAAUAUCCAUGGACAGAGAACUGUUCUCCUGCAAUUCCUGCCCCACCAGAGACAUUUAGAAAAGUUCUAAUUAGUACCUAGGACUGCGAAUGCAAGCUUCGAUAUCUGGUCCACGUAGUAAAAAAAAAGACUGAGAAACCAUAGUUCUAUUGGUAUUAUGCUAUUAUACAAGAUGGAGUCUCCUUGACCGAAAGCAUGAUUUCUUGAUGAUCUUCAGAAGCAUCACCUUCUCAAAAAGAGAUUCCAAUUCCAUAUGCUGGAAGAAGAGGGGGAUUAUAGAUGAUGUAAAUGACUUCCGCAAUCAUCAAGGAAGGUUCUAUGCAGUAUCUCCCGAGUCUACAGCAAUGUGGUGAAGGCACGUGGACCUAGUGACAUGGUCUUGUGCAAUUUUUUUUAUUGUGCUGUAGAUCAACUGGUUUUAAACUGAAUGUACAAAAAGUAUUUUGUAAGUAAUCUAAAAAGUGAUUUUUUUUAUCGCAAUGUACAAAUUAUUUUGUAAAGUGCAAUAUUAUAUUUUACAUUUUUGUUAUUUUCUUUGUUUACUGCCACAAUGGUGAACCGUCUUCUUAAAAAAAAAAAAAAAAAAACCCUCGGUAAGGGUAGGUAAGUCUAUCGUAAUGGGGGAGGCUCAUGAAACCUAUCAAAGCGCAGCUUUUAUUUCCUAAGCUGCUGACUGCUUGCUAUAGGCAGCAAGGCUUGCUUUUGGGUGAGUGCUGAUAAAUGAGGUCCUAUGUCUACCCCUAAGCUUCCACCAUACAGAUGACAUAAUCUCCCCCCUAAUCUUGCGUGUCUUUGUGUGAUUGUUUGCUCAGUCUACUCGUGCUUACCGUAACCUGAGCGUUUAGGGCAAGAAACAUGUAGAGGCAGCCCCUUGUAGAGUAGAUAAAACUUCCUGCGAUCACUUCAGUACAUCUACCUGUACUCAAAUAGUGGUCACCUAAUAUGCUAUUAGGAAAUUUUAAGGUUUUGGAAGGAGCCGGUCUAAUAUCUCAUUUUGGAGAACCCGACAUAUUAGUGCAUUAUAUAGACGGCUCAUUGAUUUCAGUGGGGACUGUGUAAUGCUUCAUUUCCCCUGCGGUGGCGCUGUAGAAUACUGGCUGACGAUUCCUCCGCAGAUCAUGGUUGAUCGCUAAGGGUGUGAGCAGGAAGAUGCCCCGUGAGCCGCUGAUUGUCGAGGAGUCUUCUAACUGGAUCAAAGCUGGUAACCCUUAAAAGGACUCAUCAUCGAGAGUACUCUAAUAAAGGGACGGGGGGCUAUAUAAAUCUUUGAUUAUAAGGGGAACGUUAUCUAUUUUGCAGUAAGAGUAUGUGCUUGAAUACCUUCCAUAUUCUCAUCUCGAAUCAUUCAAAUGUUAAUGAACAUUGUGGAGUUUGUACAUAGAUGUGUAGUAUAUGACUGGAACUAUUGUAUUUGUAUCAUUCUGGUGAAUGUGAGACAGCUGGACAAAUGUGCUUUUUUUCCCCUUAAAAAAAAAAAAUAUAUAAAUAUAUAUAUAUAAAUGGAAGGAAUGGCAGC